AUUCCGGGCGGAUGUGACGCAGCAGCCAGGAGCGUGACCCGAGGAACCUCAAACAUGCGUCAAUCCCGAAAAAACAAACUCCACCAAAUAUCGGAUUAUUAUCGCAAACCGUAAUUUCUACACCGAACUCUAUUCAUGCUAUAAAUCAAGGAGGUAAUAAAUCAGAUAAUCCGGCAGGGACUCAUGUGUUUGUCUUGCGGAGCCCUGUUUAAUCCAGCACCCCUCCAUGGAUUAAGCGCAGAGAAAAGCUGAAUCCAAUCGUUCUGCUCGAGGAGGGUCGCGGCACCGGUGCAACAUGCCCCUUCCGUUCGGAUUAAAGCUCAAGAGAACCAGGAGAUACACGGUGUCCAGCAAAAGCUGCCUGGUGACCCGCAUACAGCUGCUCAACGGCGAAUACGUGGAGUUCACGCUUUCGGUGGAAAGCACGGGCCAGGAAUGUCUGGAGGCAGUCGCGCAGAGACUCGAGUUACGCGAGAUAACGUAUUUCAGCCUCUGGUACUACAACAAACAGAACCAGCAGAGAUGGAUUGAUUUGGAGAAGCCGCUGAAGAAACAGCUGGACAAGUACGGGCUGGAGCCCACCGUUUACUUUGGGGUGGUGUUCUACGUGUCGUCUGUUACCCAGUUACAACAAGAGAUAACCAGAUAUCAGUAUUAUCUGCAGCUGAAGAAAGACGUUCUGGAAGGGAAGAUCCCGUGCUCCAUUGAGCAAGCCAUUCAUCUGGCCAGCUUGGCGGUGCAAGCUGACCUCGGAGACUUCAAUCGAUAUGACUCCCAGGAGUUCCUUCAAAAAAUUGUGCUUUUUCCAAUGCCAUGGAUACAGGACGAGAGGGUCGUGGAAGAGGCCACUCAGAAAGUCACCAUGCUCUAUCAGAACUACCGAGGUCUAUCUGCACCCGAGGCGGAGUUACUCUACAUGCAGGAGGUGGAGAAGAUGGAGGGGUACGGUGAGGAGAGCGUCCAAGCGAAGGAUGCUCAGAGCACAGAUGUGAUCAUCGGCUCGUGUCUGGAUGGGAUUUUUGUCAAGCACAAAAACGGGAAAGCACCUCUCAUGUUUCGGUGGAAUGACAUAAAUAAUAUGACUCAUAAUAAGUCUUUCUUUGCCCUGGAGCUCGCCAACAAAGAAGACACAAUCCAGUUCCAGACCGAGGAUAUGGAGACGUCCAAAUACGUGUGCAGAAUGUGGCUGGCGCGGCACAAAUUUUACAAAAUUAACAACAGCAGUCUACAAACGCAGGCCGCUCCUGUAAACACAGUGAGGCGACGGUCCUCGACGAGAAUGUCUCUGCCAAAAACGCAGACCUACAUGAUGCCACCUCAGAUGCACUUUAAUGGCCAUUACACCGAACCGUACACGUCUUCACAAGAUAAUCUUUACAUCAACAACCAGAAUGGCUUCUACUACCAUUCCCAGACCAGUCUGGACCGCUCUCCGCACGAAUACAACGGCCGGAUCCGUAACGGCAGCGUUUACAGCGCCCAGAGCACCAUCCUCAACAACCCCCAGCACUACCUGCAGCCGUCGCCCAUGUCGUCCAACCCCAGCAUCACAGGAAGCGACCUCAUGCGGCCCGACUACGUGCCUUCCCACCGGCACAGCGCCCUGAUCCCGCCGUCCUACCGCGCCACGCCCGACUAUGAGACGGUCAUGAGGCAGAAGAACCUCGGGAUGAUCCCUCCAGCCGAGCGCCAGAGCCACUCCAUGAGGAACCUCAACAUCGGCAACUCGUACGCCUACAGCCGGCCGGACCCGCUCGUCUACAGCCAGCCGGAGAUCCGCGAGCACGGCGCGGGCCAGUACCCCUUCCACCUCAACUACAGCUUCCACAGCCCCUCGCCGUACCCCUAUCCCAGCGAGAGACGGCCUGUGGUGGGCGCCGUCAGCGUCCCCGAGCUCACCAACGUCCAGCUGCAGCAGGCGCAGGAAUAUCCCCCGCCCAACAUCAUCAGGAAUCAGGUUUACUGGCCGCCGCCGCCGUAUCCCUACCCUCACCCUCGCCCUGCCAACAGCACCCCGGACCUGUCCCGCCAUCUCUACGUCAGCAGCAGCAACCCGGAUCUGAUCACGCGCCGCGUCCAUCACUCGGUGCAGACCUUCCAGGAGGACAGCCUGCCCGUGGCGCACUCGCUGCAGGAAGUGAGCGAGCCGCUCGUCACGCCCCGCCGGCCUCACAUGCACAAGCGCAACUCCAUCGAGAUCGCCGGGCUGGCGUACGGCCUGGAGAACAUGAGGCUGAAGGAGAGGAAGGUAUCUGCAUCUGCAGCUGAGACUCGGCCCCCCGUUGCCCAGGCGAUGCCUCCUACAGCAUCCACCUCCGAUAUUAACGUGGUCGUGGAGGUUUCGAAGCCCGAGGAUGCUGUCAUCAAAGAGGAUGUCAUCUACGGCCACAAAAAAUCCCUGUCGGACGCCACGAUGCUGGUGCACAGCAGCGGCGAGGAGGAAGAGUUCGAAGACGACAGUGGCCGACACACACCUCAGUCCCAGGAUGCAGCGGGCGGUCCAGAGCAUCACAUGACGCCGAUGGGCCGGCCUCUUGUAGAUCCGCCCGCUUAUCCGUUCAGUCACAGUAUGGAGACGGUCCUGACGGGCCCUCUGUCGUACCAGCCCCAUCCCAUCAUCCGCAAACCAGAGGACCUGGGCCAGCUGCCGCCUCUCAGAGAGCCCGGGCACAUGGUGCCUUCAGUAUCAGAGGGAGAUCUGAGCGGACAGGGACGCCUGAGACAGAAGAGAGACGUCUUCAAGAGACCCGUCUCUGACGUGCCUCCUGCCAGAAGAAACAUUGAUGGUCUUCCACCAGCGGGUAUGAAGAAAGGACGCUCCGAGGUCAAGAAGGUGGGUCCGCUGAAGAUGGCGGCUCUCAACGGCUUGACCCUGUCCAGGAUGCCUCUGCCCGACGAAGGGAAGGACGACCCGGAGAACGCGUCUAAUGAUGAGCGGUGUAAAGUCCUGGAGCAGCGCAUGGAGCAGGGCAUGGUCUUCACCGAGUACGAGCAGGUGUCCAAGAAGCGGCCCAACUGCGAGUGCACCAUCGCUCAGAUGCCCGAGAACAGCGACAGGAACCGCUUCCAGGACGUCCUGCCCUACGACGACACGCGUGUGGAGCUGGUGCCCACCAAAGAGAACAACACGGGCUACAUCAACGCCUCGCACAUCAGGGUCACGGUCAGAGGUAAAGAGUGGAGUUACAUCGCGUCUCAGGGUCCGCUCUCCAGCACCUGUCAGGACUUCUGGCAGAUGGUUUGGGAACAAGGAGUCGCUAUCAUCGCUAUGGUUACAGCAGAGGAGGAAGGGGGUCGUGAGAAGAGCUUCCGCUACUGGCCUCGGCUGGGCUCUCGCCACAACACUGUUACGUACGGCCGCUUUAAGAUCACCACGCGCUUCCGCACGGACUCCGGGUGCUACGCCACAACGGGCCUGAAGAUCAAACACCUCCUCACGGGACAGGAGCGGACCGUCUGGCACCUGCAGUACACCGACUGGCCCGACCACGGCUGCCCCGAGGACUUUAAAGGCUUUCUCUCGUACUUGGAGGAGAUCCAGUCCGUGAGGCGACACACCAACAGCUCCAGCGAUCCAAAGAACACAAACCUGCCGGUCCUGGUGCACUGCAGCGCAGGGGUGGGACGCACUGGUGUGGUCAUCCUGUCUGAGAUCAUGAUAGCUUGUCUGGAACAUAAUGAGAUGCUGGACGUCCCGAAUGUUCUGAACCUGCUGCGGCAGCAACGCAUGAUGAUGGUACAGACGCUCUCGCAGUACACCUUCAUUUACAAAGUGCUCAUCCAGUUCCUGAGAAACUCCAGACUGAUCUGAGACCCGCCGGAGCUUCCUCACAGUAUUAGUGACGGGCCGAGUAUGAAGGACGCUGCGCAGCGCUCUGUUCUACCAGUAUUAUUCACAGAUUUCACUGUGGGCUUGUACACGGAUGUCAGUCCCAGCACUUUUUGUUUUGCUGUACAUAGACGCGAAUGACGCAGCUCUCUUAUUUAAUGCCAUCCGCUGAACUUUCACACCGGGUGCGGUUUUAUUCGUUUACGCGUGAAGGUUUAGUGUGGCGCUUAAAAGCCCCGGUUUCAGCUGAACAAGAAAAUGUUCGCGCAUUGAACGAAAUGCGUUUUCGCGAGCUUCGCCCCCGUUUGCAUCGUGGGAUGGACGGCGAACGCGUCCGGCGUUACGCGAGGUUUAGACGCAUCUCGACUUUGAAGCGCAGCCAAAGACGCGAGGGUUCGUUUUCUGAUCGCAGGCGCAACGUAUUUACAGUAUGUAUUAAAAGUUGUAUAUGUAAACUCUAUUCUACGUAUAAUAAUCAGGCUUUCUCGUUGCAUUAGGAAUGAUUUUGUGCUUUUCCAGCUCUCGCCGCGUUUCCACCAGCAUUCAGUGACCCGACACACACACACACACACACACACACACACACCAAAGAGCGUCACAGACUCCGCUUCUGCAUCAGAGUGACCUCGCUAUCUCACACACACCAGCUAUGACGGUUUACCAAAGAGUUUUCAGCACGUCGAGUUCUUGAGUCUUAAAACACUGUGAAGCUGCGUUAUCCGUGCCAUAGCGAGUCGUCGGGCCCUUCGCGUGUCUGAACUGCGUUAACGCUACAUUCCACCGCAACGGUGCUGUUGCUUGUUCUUAAAGGAACGGUUCACCCUGAAAUGUACAUUUGGCGAAAAUGUACCGAAUUUUGGAGAAACCCUUGCUCUGGAGCGCAUGGGUGCCGUCGGAAUGAGAGUCCGAGCAGCUGAUAGAAACCCCACGGUGAUCCUCAGCACUCCGGGCCAGCGGCGGACAAAAGAUAAAACCAAUCCAAAAUAAUUUGGCUCGUAAACUGUGCUUGAUCUGCGCAGGUUUCUCUCCUGAUUACCAUAAGUCUUGUUUUCUCAACUGAAGAAAGCGUUCUUAUGAAUUUUGGACGCGUAGUUUUGCCAGAAACUCUGCAAACAGUGCAGCUUUUCACUGCACGAGAUUAUUGUGAUGUUUUUAUCAGCUGUUUGGAUCUUGAUUUUUUUUUUUUUUUAAAGUACUAUCGCUCUCGCCCCAAACGUACCUGCAAACUAAAGCUUGCCGUGAUUUAUUUUAGAUUUAUAUUAAUUGUGCUUUUUAUUGAAAGUGUCCAUUUUUUUUGGUGGAGCCAAAUUUUGCCACGGGUGAACUUUUGAGAAACUUCCAGGUCAUAUUUCACCACAAAAAAACAAAGGAAAAACGUAAUGCCAUUUAAGUAAUAAAAUACAUUUGCGAAGCGCAAUUGAAAGUGUAAGUACUGAAUUUAAUUUAUUGUGUGCAGAAAUGACUAUAUUACUGAAUUUCAGUAACGAUGAAGAUAUGUUUUGUUUAGUUUUUUUACAUGACUGAGAAUUUGAGGGCAAAUUGUUUGAGGAAUGGCACAAAGUUUUAGGCUAUGAUAUAAACGAAUUAUAUUCUGUUUUUCAUUUGAUUUGGGGCUGAAAUAUGAUCAGAAAUGUUCUUGGCGAGAGUCUCUCUCUUUAUUCAGUUCUGACUGGUGCCUGAAACAAUAGCAGUGUAUAAAAUCACUUUUGUUUUGUUUGUAAAGGACAAUCGCUUUUUCACAUCUGGACAUAUUCAAAAACGGACUAAAAUAGAAUCCAUCGCAAUGAUUUUUUUUCCAGUCGUUUUGGAGUACGUGGUUGUAAAAGCACAACGUCUGUCUCAAACCUUUGAGUUUUGUGGGUUAGAUGUAGACGGAGCGGUUUGCUGAUGUGAGUGGACAAUGAUCAGUGUUCAUCUGAACUGGAAAACUGAACUUCAAGACGAUAACGAACCAAGCUGAAAACUGGACUGUUAAAGCCCUUCCCAGAGCUGCUUUUUGGAAUACAUGUAUAUUAAUAGCAGAUAUUGUUUAUAUUGCUGAUUUUAAGUGUUAUUAACUCUUAACCGCAUUGCAUUUGAAGCUAGUUAAACUGCUGUUUACCCCCGGAUGAUUCUCAUGUGUUCUGGUUGUGUCGAGCGAGAUCUCAGCCGUCAUCAUGAGUGUGUGUUCUGAUGAUGUCAGAAGAGCUAAAUUAUAUCCCAUUGUAAACAACUAUAUUUUUCAUUCAGAAAAUAAAUAUUUUAAAUUGUUAAAAUAA